UUGGAUUAAGACUAAUAGGUCUUCCAAGGUUUUUGGUCCAUUGUAAGACACUCCAGCUGUCGAGCUAAACAAUGGAUGAUUAUUGCUACUUUAAAGGGGUCAAUUAAGAGCCAUUCAAAUUAAAGAGAGAAACAUAUGUAAUCUCAUGAUCAUAAAAAUGGAGGCAUCUGCUCAAAGAUGUGAGAUUGAUGUUUAGGGCUGCAUAAAAAGCAUGCUGAUAAUGAAAUCCCAGAGAGUAGAAGUAAACGUUGCCAUUGAAAAUUGUGAUAAAAACAGAUGAGGAUUAAUACAUAUAAUUUAAAGUGAAUCUAUAUCAGAUACACACAGGUGAUUUGAAUUCUGGAAAUCUGCUUAACCACCUGACAGGUAAUUAGCAGACGACAACAAGGACACAUAAUGAUGUUGGAAAGUUGCCAGCGAAUGUCUUAAUUUGGUCUACUGUUAUGUUAGGAUUAUACACUAAACAAAGAAAGAUGAUUUUUGUUAUUAAGGUCUUCCAGCAAAUAUCGCAAGAUAGACUUGUUUGAUUCAAGCACAUGAAAACACGCAAUUGAAAAUAAAGCAGUGUCAAGCUUUUCUAGCAAAAAACCUAUGCUUAUUGUUCAUUAUUGGGUCAAUUUGUGAACAGUGAUUUUAUAGAACAGACUGUUGGAAGGAAAUGAAGCACAUUGGAGGUGAAUAUUAGCUAAUGUGUAAUAUAUAAAAAGUGACAAUGUCAAUGGAACAGAAAAAUGGACGAAUCAUUCGUCACUUGGCUCACCAGUUAUUAAAACCGGAAGAAUGUAAGAUUUUAAAGACAGCUCUAAAACAUUUCCGUUAUACUGGAUCUGUGCCAUUUUUAUGUACAUCUUUAAAACCACUGAUCCGAACACCAGAGCAUCUAUUAUUACUGGUAGAGUUAAGUUUCAUGCUCCCAACAUCACUCCAAGAUGAUUUCAACAAGCUCUGCAGCAUACAAUACGAUAACUAUGAAAGAGUCUUCAGUUCUUUUACACUGAACAAUAAAAACCACAACCCUGAAAUAAUUGCUCAGGAUUCCAGUGGACUUAUGACAAUUGUCGCUACGGGUCAUGACAAGAAAUUACUAAUACAUGAACCCAUUGAAUGCACUCCUUUAGAAGAUAUUAGAGUUGGGGAAAAACCUGUUGAGACUGAAAAUAAAUUUUCAGAUGUGAAUAUUGAGAAUCUACCUCCUCUACUAACUCUGCGUGAAGAUACCGAAUCAUCCUUAGAUGAAGCAGAAAAUGGGAAUAAGGACACACGGAAGCCUUCAGUAUUUGAUGUUUUAAAAUCUGCCGUCAAACGAUCAGACUCAAAAGCCGCACCAGAAAUCUCCAAGCCAAAAACAUGGAAUUUUCAGGAUACAAUAAGGUCUCAGUCCAGGGACGUUUCUCUCUUAGAUCUUGAAGCCUUGAGGAAAUCUUUGGAAUGUCUCCCUAGUAACAACAAGAAUCAGGCAUCCAUGGACAAAAAUGUGAAUCACAUUAAGAAUGCAAAACUAAAAAAUGUGAAAGAACAUAAUGUGAAACCAACAUCAAGUUCAAGAACAUCCACAUCAGAUGCCGUGGCACCUUCCGAGCUUUCAAUCCCAACUCCAAGGGAUGAGGAUGUUAAUACAAAAUCUGACAUUAAAAAGGUUGUGUUGUCAUGGCACCCUGGUGAAAGCUUGGGAUUUUCUAUUCGAGGUGGUCGUGAUCUUGGUACAGGAAUCUACAUCUCAAGCAUCGAUAGCGGAGGAUAUGCACAAAGAAAGGGCCUUAGAGUUGGAGACAGAAUCCUUCGUGUGAAUAAUGAAAGUUUCCGGUUUACAACGCAUGAAGAAGCUGUUGCUAAAAUUAGAGAUAGUUAUUCACUUACUCUCUAUGUGUCUUCAGCCUAUGCUCACAAGAUGCCAGGUAGAGUUGUUGUUGCCAAGGUGAUGAAAAACCAUCACAAUAACAACAACAAUAAUGAGAUACAAGAUUCAACAACAGCAACACUCCAAGAUAUUACAUCACAAACCCUCCCCACAGUAUCUACAACAAUUAUUGAUGACAACAUAUAUGACAUUGCUACCUCUAAUAAUGACCAUAUGCAUCAGAUCUCUAAUAUAAAAAUCAAGUCUGAGGUCAAAGGCCAUACUGAACAGGGGCUCACUGAAGGUCGAAGUCAAAGAUCGGAUAACAAGGAGGAAUUUCAGGAGCGGUCAGAGGUGGAAGAGAUUCAGAAUGAAGAGUCAAGAUUGAUUGUAAUUGAUGCAGAUGCUGAUGGAUACUUAGGAUGCAGUAUCAGAGGAGGAAUAGACUUUGGACUGGAUGUAAUCAUCUCCCACAUAGAUUACGAUUCCCCUGCAUGGAGGGCUGGUAUAAAGAAAAGAGACAUUAUUCUUGAGAUGAAUGAUAAAGAUGUCUGCACUAUGAAACACCUAGAUGUUGUAACCCUUGCAACUUCAGAGCCACAGUUGAAAUUACUUGUCAGAUCAGGUGUAAAGAAAGGCAAACCUGCUGUUAUAAAACGUCCACUCUCAAAGGACAUUGAGCCCAAGCCAGAUGUAACAGAGGGAACACUGGAAGCUUUAGUUCCUGAGAGAAGCUCCCCACCAUUGUCACCACCCAAGAUGAGGAGACUACAAUCUAUAGGGUCAGCUUCUGAAUCCACUGAACAUCCAAAUGAGACCUCUACUCCUCAGCUUUCUAAACGAAGGAAGGCGCCAGCUCCACCAAAUACAUCUCCUUGGCAACCACCAAUUGCCUCAUCCCCACCUACAGAACCAUCAGGAUGCUCCCCACCCACCCAAAAGACAAAAGUGAUGAAAGUUGGUGUAACCAAACAAGACCUGCUGAGGCACCCUCUCUUGAGUAAAAAAGAAAAUAACUCAGAAAAGGACACUUCUGGAACAUCAAGCAUUGAUAAUGAUACAGUAUUAGAGUCAGUUGACCAGGACACUCCAAGGAAAUUGUUAUCAGGCACAAUUCGCUUAAAUCUAAACAAUGACGUUAAAAGUAAUCUAAGCUCGAGUAAAAUCAGUUCUAGCAAACAACAUGUCCGUAAUUUGUUUGAUCAAAAAUUAUUGAUAGAAACGCCAAAUAUUAAAAAUACCAGGUCAAAAUCAUUGCCAAAUAAUUUUGAUACACCUGUAUCUCCUUGUACAGAUAUGGGUGAGAUAUACAUCGAUAAGAAAUGUGUGCCAUUGAAUAUUGAAAUCUCACCUUCUCAUCAUGCCAACAAACCUCCAGAGCCACUUAUUGAUGAACCUGAAAAACUUGAUAGACCCAAUAAUGCCAUUAAGUCAAUUCCAAAUGCUAAGAUGGUACUAGAUAGCAAAAUAGCACCACUGCUAUCCCCUUCUAUCAAACCCACUGUAAAUAAGACCAGGGCAAUGAAACCAUUUAUCCAAAGUAAUAAAAAUUAUGUCCGUAAAGCUCCAUUAAAAUCUAACACUAAGGCAGCUCUUCCAUUAGACACAAAAAUGGCAGGAUUUGUCUCAAAAAUGCCAAAAUCUGCAGAUAACACACCAUCUUGCACAGAAAAUGGUAUUGAAUUGAUCUCAGCUAAAGGAAUAGAUAGUGUGGCAUUGUCAAUUUAUAAUGGCUCUAAUGAGGAUGAGGAUUGGAAAAUAUAACAUGUACAAGCUUUUUUGUACAGUAUCUGUAUUAAAAUUGAGUGUGCCUUUUUUUGAGUGUACUGUAAUAAUAUUGUGUAUGGAAUGAUUUUUAUUACUUCAGUAUGAUUUAAAAUAUAUGUUACUGCAUGGUAUACUGAGUAAUCAAAUGUACAAUUUUUUGUGUAUGUUGUUGUUUUAGAUUAUUUAUUUUGUAGUUAAAACACUGGUGAUCCACUCGAUUACUCUGGAAGAGUUUCGGUAAC